CACACAAGGAGAAAGAUGCACUGGCUACGAACAGUGAAGCAGAGGGGGCCAGACUCUUCAUUAAGCGGCCGGCGGGGGACGGCGAAAGGCGGGCUCCCGGGCCUCCGAGUCCCGGUCUGGUGGGGCCGCCCGGAGCUGGAUUCCCGAGUCAGGGUCCCCGACAAGCCUCUCGCGACCGGAAGUUGGAGGUGCGCGUCCCUGGAAACGGAGGUGCAGGAGAACUCCCCAGCCCAGCAGGCAGGCCUGGAACCCUACUUUGAUUUCAUCAUCACCAUCGGGCACUCGAGGCUGAACAAGGAGAAUGACACGCUGAAGGCCCUGCUGAAGGCCAAUGUGGAGAGGCCCGUGAAGCUGGAGGUGUUUAACAUGAAGACCAUGAAGGUGCGCGAAGUGGAGGUGGUGCCCAGCAACAUGUGGGGCGGCCAGGGCCUGCUGGGGGCCAGUGUGCGCUUCUGCAGCUUCCGCAGAGCCAGCGAGCACGUGUGGCACGUGCUGGACGUGGAACCCUCUUCACCUGCCUCCCUUGCUGGCCUGCGCCCAUACACAGACUAUGUGGUUGGCUCAGACCAGAUCCUCCAGGAGUCCGAGGACUUCUUUACGCUCAUCGAGUCCCACGAGGGGAAGCCCCUGAAGCUGAUGGUUUACAACUCCGAAUCCGACUCCUGCCGGGAGGUGACUGUAACUCCCAAUGCAGCCUGGGGUGGAGAGGGCAGUCUGGGGUGUGGUAUUGGCUACGGGUAUCUGCACCGGAUCCCAACCCAGCCUCCCAGCCACCAUAAGAAGCCACCUGACGCCCCUCCACCUGAUGCCCCGCCACCUGACGCCCCGCCACCUGACGUCUCGCCACCUGGUGCCCCGCCACCUGGUGCCCCUCCUCCUGAUGCCCCGCCACCUGACACCCUGCUUCCUGAUGCCCCGCCACCUGGACCCACCCCUCAGGACUCUCCUGCCUCUUCAGGCCUGGAGACAGGCUCCAGGCAGGAUGACUACAUGGAGGCCCUGCUGCAGGCACCCAGCUCCUUCAUGGAGGGACAGUUUUCUGAGCCUGGGAGUCCUAGCCGUGGUGCUCCAGACCUUGGGGGAUUUCCACAUCCCAUGGAGACACCUCUUCAACCUCCACCUCCAGUGCAGCGUGUCAUGGACCCAGGCUUCCUGGAUGUGUCAGGUAUCUCGCUCUUGGACAGCAGCAAUGCCAGUGUCUGGCCCGGCCUGCCCUCUGCCACAGAGCUGACGUCCACGGGUCUCUCAGCCUCUGGCCCUGAGGAUGUCUCCAGCAGCGGUUCUCACGAGCGUGGUGGUGAGGCCACUUGGUCCGGAUCAGAGUUUGAGGUCUCCUUCCCGGACAGCCCAGGCACCCAGGCACAACCAGACCACCUGCCUCAGCUAACUCUUCCCGACAGCCUCAUCUCGGCAGCCUCACCGGAAGACGGCCUGUCUGCUGAGCUGCUCGAAGCGCAGGCUGAGGAUGAGCCAGCAAGCACAGAGAGCCCAGAGUUCGGGGCGGAGGCUGAGGGGGCAGGUGGCCAGGCCCUGUUCUCCACCCCUGAAUAACACCCUAGGCUGUGUCCAGGUCCCUGAUGGCAUUUCAUGAGGCUGAGACGGGGGGGGGGGGGGCAGGGGAGCCGCUUAGGCCGCACUAUGCAGCUCAGCCCCUUGCCUGAUCCUGGCCCAGUGUGUGCAGCUUUCUAGGCAGUGGCUCCCUGUUGUGCAGGGACUUCUGCAGUCCGGGAGCUCAUGUGUGCCCAUAACUCCUGCCGGCGUCCAAGAGAUGACCUUCCAGCAUUGGUUCUGCCUGGUGGUCCUGGCUUUGGGGAGUCGGGCACUUGUUUGAGAGUCUCAGACAAGUCCUUUUGGGCUAGUGGGGAACUGGGAGCAGCACCCAGAUUAAGUUUUGCAGGAGCUGGGGUAGGAGAGGAAAAGGACUACUCUGCUGCUUGGGUCGGGCAGAGAGCCUCAGUGGUUAGGAAGAGGAGACCAUCGGCAAGAGCAUCUUUAGGCCACAUUGUACCCUUACGUCCAGUGCUUGCUCCUGCUCUGGUCACUAUGGCUGCCCAGGCAGCAGCAGGGUCCACACAGGGUCAGGUGUGAAGGAGGAAGGAGGAAGGAGGAUUGAAGGGUGGAGUGAAGGAGGAAGGCAUAGGUCUGGAGUAUUUGCCUGCAACUUGCUAGGUAGGGCUUGCCUUGAUUCUUCUUGUACAGCUCAGCUAGCCCUGUGUGUACUAGAAGGCAGCCCCACACCUUGGGGACCCCUGAGGCCCCAGUUACCGUCUCUUGUAGAAGUCUCGUAUCCUCACCUCUGCUACACUGCAUAGCUGGCUCAGACUGACUGACAUCUGCCAGUCAGAGCUGGAGGAGAGAAGCAGUGAACUAGUCCAUCUCUCCUGGGGGAGAAGGAUUGGAAAUUCUAGCCCUGUCAGCAGAGACUCACUUGUUCUGGGACCAUGAUGUCUCUUCUUCCCCAGGGCCUACACCCCAUAGACCCAGUACCCCUAAUGGUGACUCUUGUCAGAUCCCAAACUUACACAACCAUCUCUUCUAAAUAUACAAGGCAUCCAGGCUGCCCAGUGGAGAAUACAGACUGCGAAUUUAAAUUCACCAACCUAAGCAGACUCAAAGCCAGUCCUGACUGGACUUCUUGAACACAGCUCCCACCCUAAGGGGGAAUGAGGGGCCUGGACAACGGUGGGUAAAGGCCAUUCUGUUCUUUCCCAUAGUAUGGGAGGCUGUUCCCUCCAUCCCCGGUGCCCAGAGUGGCUAAGACUAGGCGAGAUCUUGUGCUUUACCUGGUUGCUCCAGAAUGAGGAGGGUUCCAUGCAGGAACAGCUCCUGAAGUCCCUCACCUGCCCACAUCUUGCUAAUUGCUAAAAAAGCUGCCUCUGGCCUUGUCUUCUAGCUGCUAUCCAGUUCAAAGUCCCAUGUUUGUGGCUUGAUCUGUAAUGUGGGCACUUAACAGUGCAUUCAGGGUUCUGUUGGGCCCACACAAUAAGGACCGUCUGCUCAGGGGGAGGCACCGACCCAAGUAUAUGCAGGGAGGGCCCCCAAUGAACAAACUCUUCAAAUUUCUAGCACUGUGACUGCAUUUGAAGCAAGCCCUCGUCAAGCCUGUCAUGGCAGCUGAUAAGCCUGUCGAACAGGGAGGUGUUGUGUCUGCCUGUAGGAAUCCAGGAAGUAGAAGAGAAUCACCACAGGACUGUUUGGAGGCCAGCUUCCCUGAACUGCAGCCUGGCAGUCUUGCCCAACAUCUCUCUCACCCUAGGAUUCUGGCUCUUCCUCUCUCAAUUUUAUAUACUUCCCGCCCUGACCAGGGGAUAAAAUGGGUACUGACGUUGACUGUCAGGGUAAACAUGGAACCAGAAGUUUCUCUGUAAUCUGCUAUGAAGGAAAAUGACAAGUGAAAGAAAUAAAGGUGUACUACACUUUGAAA